AUGAUAUUCCGAUUCUUUCCCGUCUGCCUCCAAAUCUACACGAAGAUGAGCGAAUAUCAAAAGAUGCGCUCAACCGGUGAGGUGAUUCAAUCAUGUCAUAUGCGGCUAGAAAAGCGCAGGCAAGAUCUCCCUGUUCCCAUCUCCGUUUUUGUCUUGAUAGAUAGGGCAACACCAGAAGCUGCCAACGGCCUCGGAGAGCUAAGUUUUUGCGGGGUAGACUUGAGAAUGCGGAGACGGAGACCGCCGCUUGCCUCGUCCAGAGGUCUCGGCGUGGCGGAUCUGCGAUACGCUUCGGCCUUCUUGGCUUAG